AUGGGAAGGUCCCCUUGUUGUUCAAAAGUGGGUUUGCGGAGAGGUUCAUGGUCCUCCGAAGAAGACGCUUUGCUUAGAAAUUACAUUCAACAACAUGGUGAAGGCCAAUGGAGAUCUCUCCCCCCAAAAGCUGGGCUGCUAAGAUGUGGAAAGAGCUGCAGAUUGAGAUGGAUGAACUAUCUCCGGCCCGGAGUCAAGAGAGGAAACAUCAAUCCCGACGAGGAAGAUAUUAUUACCAGACUCCAUUUCUUAUUGGGCAAUCGAUGGUCAUUGAUUGCCGGAAGAUUGCCCGGUCGAACCGACAAUGAGAUCAAGAAUCACUGGAACACAAAUAUGCGCAAGAAACUCGAGAAUUCAGGCACUCAACCAAAAAUACUGAACAGUUCGACGGAGUGGGGCCCCAUAGAAGACACCAAAAACCAAGGAAUUGAACCGAAAGCAGGCAAGCCUUCGAUGGAAUGCCUCAAUGAGAAAACCAAACCUAUAGUGCCUGAAACCAGCAUAACCAGAAGUCGAACAGAGAAGAAAAAUGAUGAUGAUGGUAAUGCUAAAAAUACAGAAGUUAGCGAGACUAAGACGCUCCAUGUUCCGAAACCCCUUAGGUUUUCUUCGGCACUUUCGAGGAGUAGCAGCUUGGGCAGUCUGUUGAAUGAUGAUGGUAAUGCUAAAAAUACAGAAGUUAGCGAGACUAAGACCCACGUUCCGAAACUCAUUAGGUUUUCUUCGGCGCUUUCGAGGAGUAACAGCUUGGGCAGUCUGUUGAAUGAUGAUGGUAAUGCUAAAAAUACAGAAGUUAGCGAGACUAAGACGCUCCAUGUUCCGAAACCCAUUAGGUUUUCUUCGACAUUUUUGAGGAGUAACAGCUUAGAAAGUCCGUUGAAUGCUGCAUCAUCAUCAGGUGAUAAUGGAGUGGACGUACAAAAUUCUAACCUGUUGCAUCUGUUUGAGCAAGUUUUUGAUGAAGAUCAAGAUUUUCUCAGCACCUACGAUGAUCCACUCCAUUUUUUGGAUUCUUCGAGUACUGUAGAAAUGCUUGAGAAGGUGUAUGAUGAAUAUCUUCGGCUACUGUAG